GACUACUCUGCUUUCUGGGGCUGGGAACCAGGGGAGCUCGCAACAAGUUCAGCUGAAGACUGAAGCCAGAGCAGGAUCAGGUGGCAGCCCCAGCAGCCUCAAGGACCUCGGCAACUAUGGCCUCCUGCCCAGAUUCGGACAACACCUGGAUGCUUGCUGGCUCAGAGAGCCUGCCUGUGGAGACCCUGGGCCCCGAGUCCGGGGUGGACCUAGAACCUCAGAGAGCUCCCCAGACCCCUUGGAGCUCCUCCAAGGCAGAUGGUGAAGAACUAGCUGGGACCUUGGAUGGAGAAGAGACCCUCUGCCAGAGCGAGAGCUCCCAGUCUGGUCCCAUUCUGCCAGAGGAGACCAAGGCCAAGGGCACGCUGGAAGGUGACGGUCAUGGUGUGGAGUGCCCUGGCUCAGGAGACACAGUGGCCCAGGGAGACUUGGAGGAGACCCCAGCGGUGGCAGAACUGGGACGGGAGACACAGGACCUGGAGGAUCAGAGCUUGGAACAGAGUCUGCCCUCAUCCCCCAAAGCCGCGUGGAUCGGGGAGGAGGCCCACUGCACCAGCAGCGAGGAUGACACCGACGUGGACGUGGAGGGUCUGCGGAGACGGCGGGGCCGGGAGCCCAGCGCUCCUCAGCCUCCGCUGCCCCUGGGUGUGGGGGACGAGGCCAGAGGCCAGGGCAUAAGCGGGGAGCUGGGCCUCUCCCUCAACAUGUGCCUCCUCGGGGCCCUGGUUCUGCUGGGCCUAGGGGUCCUCCUCUUCUCUGGUGGCCUCUCAGAGUGGGAGAGCGGGCCUGCAGAGGAAGUGGAGCUUCAGGUCUUUCCAGAUGCCCCAGUGGACUCCGAGACGCCAGAUGCUGUGGGGGAGGGGCAGGAUGGGCUGGAGCAGCAGCUGCAGGCCUCAGUGCUCCCGGACAGUGUCCCCAGCCUGCAGAACAUGGCCCUUCUGCUGGACAAGCUGGCCAAGGAGAACCAGGAUAUCCGCCUGCUGCAGGCCCAGCUUCAGGCCCAGAAGGAAGAGCUUCGGAGCCUGAUGCACCAGCCCAAAGGGCUAGAAGAGGAAAAUGCCCAGCUCCGAGGGGCCCUGCAGCAGGGCAAGGCCUUCCAGAGGGCCCUGGAGUCAGAGCUGCAGCAGCUGCGGGCCCGCCUGCAGGGGCUAGAGGCUGACUGCGUCCGGGGGACCGAUGGGGUGUGCCUCAGCUGGGGCAGAGGCCCACAAGGUGGCAAGGUCUCCAAGGAGCAAGGCCCUUGGGGGCGGGACACUGGCUUCCUAGAGCAGAAAGAACAGCUGGAGGCUGAGGCCCAGGCAUUAAGGCAAGAGUUGGAGAGGCAGCGGCGGCUCCUGGGGUCUGUGCAGCAGGACCUGGAGCGGAGCUUGAGGGAUGCAGGCCAGGGGGACCCAGCUCACCCUGGCCUUGCUGAGCUGGGCCACAGGCUGGCCCAGAAGCUGCAGGGCCUGGGGAACUGGGGCCAGGACACUGGGGUCCCUGCCAAUACCUCAGAAACCUGGCAUCAGGAGCCACGCUUCCAGGGUUCCAGAGAGGGGAGUGGAAAGGAAAAGUGGCGGGACGGGCAGCAGGACCGGAAGGCUGGGCACUGGAAGCAUAAAAAGGAGGAAUCUGGCUGGGAAAGGAAGAAGAGCUGGAGGGGUGAGGAGGACGUGCAGCUGGCAGGGAGAUGGAAGGAGGGCAAGCCAAGGGCAGAGGAGUCGGGCAAGAAGGAUGGUAAGCAACAGAGUCCCAAGGAGCCCCCCAGGAAAAGUGGGAACCUCCACUCCUCUGGAGAAAAGCAGAAGCACCCUCAGCGGAAGGAAGGGGCUAAAGACAGACGUGACCCCCAGCCAUUGUGGGCGGAGCUAUUGAGGCACAAGUACCGGGCACCCCAGGGCUGCUCCGGCGUGCACGAGUGUGCCCGACAGGAGGGUCUGGCCUUGUUUGGCAUUGAGCUAGCCCCAGUGCGGCAGCAGGAGAUGGCCUCUCUGCUGAGGACAUACCUGGCGCGGCUGCCCUGGGCCAGGCAACUGACCGAGGAGCUACCCCUCUCGCCAGCUUACUUUGGUGAGGAUGGCAUCUUCCGCCACGACCGCCUCCGCUUUCGGGACUUUGUGGAUGCCUUGGAGGACAGCCUAGAGGAGGUGGCGGCGAGACAGACAGGUGAUGACGAUGAGGUGGAUGAUUUUGAGGACUUCAUCUUCAGCCACUUCUUUGGAGACAAAGCACUGAAGAAGAGGUCCGGGAAGAAAGACAAACACUGGCGGAGCCCCAGAGUCGUUGGGCCCAGGGAGGAGCGCAGCCACCACCGCAAGGGCUGAGGCCUGUUGUUCUCCGACCCCUGGGGACUGCUAAAAACUGCCAUUUCUCCUGGCUUGGUUGGUGUCCUUGAAUGUCCUUCACAGAGGAGAGUGAAAUCACCCAGCCCUGCACUGAUGCCACUUUCUCUAGAAAAAGGCCGUAGCUGGGCCUGCCUUGCUGUCUGCGGAAAUGUACACGCGUGUCCAGGGCCCUGGGCUGGGCCCCUUGGCAGUCCAAUUAGGUCAUGCCGAAUGUGAAAGGGGAUGGGGGAGAAGCUUGUUUUAUGGGGAGAUGGAAUGGGCUGGGGUGGGGGGUGGCGUUCUGAUUCUGAAACCAAAGACCUUCCCACCUCUUGUGUGUGCUGCCCCAGAGUGGGCCCCGGUCCCCACCCCCUGACCCCGUGCCCUCUGGGGCUCGGGAGCUGCUGGCUGGAGGCCCAGAAUCAGGGCUUCCCUUGGGGCUUUAUUACAGUUGGAAGCAGCUCUCCCCAGGGGGUGAAGUCCCCUUCUUACACUGGCUUCUCACUUGGCCUCACCUCCCCGUUGGAACUGUGAACUCAGACCCCAGUCGAGAGCUUUUGGAGCUGUGAAUUGGCCGGGUCUGUCACCUGGGGUGGUUUCCAAGGGCAGGGAGACACUCUUCCACCACCUUGUAGGCACUGGUACUUCCCUCCUCCCAUACACCCAUUUCCCCUCUCUGCACCCUCCCGACAGUUCAGGCCCUCUGGGCUGGAACACCUCGUCUGCUUACAGGGGCUGGAGCACCCCAUUCGCUUACAGCGGACUUGCCUGCACCCUUGCAAGAUGUAGAAAACGAACGUGGGUUUUGGCAUCCGAGCCCUGGGCUCAAAUCCAGGCUGAGUAAUCUUGGGCAAGUUAAUUUCCAGGAACCUUGUGUUUCUUAUCCUCAUAAAAGGGGAUUGAAGGGCUUGGGGAGACAUUAAAUAAAGCAAUAUAAGCAAAA